AUGCUUAGGCCGCACUGGAUCUUACCGCUUGCGCUCCUCUUGCCCCCCCUGCUCGCGUUUUCACUUCCUUCAUCCCAUCCCGACGUGUCCUCCGUCCCCCAAGGACCGAACCUCGCGGCUCGGUCCAAUGGGAAGCUCUAUUUCGGGACGGCGACGAACAACGACGAGCUGAACGACACCGCGUACUUCGCGCUCCUCGACAGCUUCGCGAAUUUCGGGCAGCUCACGUCCGCCAAAGCCAUGAAAUGGAACUCGACGGAGCCGGAGCGCGGGGUGUUCACGUUCGAGCAGGGGGACCAGAUCGUGAAUCUGGCGAAGCAGAGCGGAAAGCUGAUGCGCGGACACAACUGCGUGUGGUACCAGCGCAUCCCGGACUGGGUGACCGACACCAACUGGACGGCUCCUGAGCUUGCGGAGGUCGUCAGAGAGCACUGCUUCAACAUCGUGCAUCAUUGGGCGGGUGAUAUCUGGGAUGUUAUCAACGAGCCCUUCAACGACGACGGAACCUGGCGCGAAACGCAGUUUUACCAGGUGCUCAACACUUCCUACAUCCCGAUCGCGCUCCAUGCUGCCCGCGCCGCCGACCCGCACACGAAGCUAUACAUCAACGAGUACAACAUCACCGGCACAGGACCCAAGUCAACCUCGAUGAAGAGCCUCGUCCGCGCGCUCAAGAAAGCCGGGGUCCCUCUCGACGGCGUCGGCGUCCAAGCGCACGAGAUCGUCGGCAGGGUGCCCGAAGACGUGCAGCGGAACCUCGAGGAACUCACCGCGCUCGGCCUCGACGUGCGUUUCCUCACGCUUCCACCCACGCAGGAAGGGCUGGAGCAGCAACGGCGCGACUUUGCGGCGAUCGUCGGGGCGUGCGCGCGCGUCGAAAGGUGCGUCGGCGUGACGGUGUGGGACUUCACGGACGAGUACUCGUGGAUCCCGGGGACGUUCCCUGGGGAAGGUGAUGGGUGCCCUUGGGACGACAACUUGCAGCCCAAGCCUGCGUACUACGGCACCCUGGACGGCUUCCGCAGUCAUUAG